CGGCGCGGAUCAGUCGUGGCCGGCGGUGCCGGAGGCCAAAGACUUUCGCGAGGGUGGACGUGCCGUGUUUUCUCUCGCACACCGUGAGAAUCCACUCUCCUUUACCUCUCUCUUUCUCUCUUUCUCUCUUUCUCUCAUUCUUUAUUUCUUUCUUUCAUUCUUUCUCUCUCAUUUAAUCUUUCCUUUUCCGCGCUUUCGUUAUCUUCUUUCUCGCACGCGCUUGAUCGCUCGUACAUUCGUUCAUUCGUACGUCGUAUCUUCAUCGUCGGCUAUGUAAAACGUGAAUUUUGUCUUCUAUCAUAUCCGAGUUGCCGUGCAAGAACCGCGUCCGACGUUCCGCGUGCAAUUUUAAUUCCACUGGACACACAAUACGGAGGAGGGAAGUACCGAAGAGUAUUUUCGACGAGAUUACUUUUUUUUUUCGGUUAAAAACUUUGAUUUUUAUAUAUUUUCUCAUUUAUUUAACGACAUAUUGUUUAGUUUUCGUGAAUUUAGUUUAAUCUUGAUAAUAUCGCGCCUAUGCGAUCCCGUAUUGGUCCCGCGUGUUCCAUCGCGGCCGGAUAUUCCGUGAACUCGUCGUGCUCGAUCAUUCAAUGAUUUCGUGACGCGUUGUUGUCGUAUUCUCGGCAACGAUUUUUCUUCCUCUCGAAAUAAAGAUUUAUUAUUUCGAGAGUGAACAAUUAUAAGACAAAUAGACAAGAUUGUCCCAUUGGUGAUCACGCUGGUGUCGUCGUGAUAGAGUGGAGAGAGAUCAGCUUCAUUGGAAACAUCCUAUUUCGUUGGGAUCAACUUGAAGAAGACUUUUCAAUAAGAAGGGGAAAAAAGAAAAUAACGAAGUUACCAAUCCUAGUCAAAGAACAGGAAGAUAGAAAGAUGUUGGCCCGAUUCUUAAUAUUAGCCGGUGUUGCUGCAGUUGUGACGUCUGCCGGUGGCCAUGGUUUUGAUGCACAUUUACGUGGUCCGAGUUUCCUCAUAGAACCACCAUUGAGGGUGGAAUUUUCAAAUUCGAGCGGUGCCUGGCUGGAUUGUACGGCAUCCGGAAGCCCUCCACCUAAUAUCGACUGGUCGACUGCAGAUGGACAUCCAGUAAAUGACGUACCAACCGUGCGAAGGGUACUCAGGAACGGUACACUCGUCCUCUUACCUUUUCCGGCAGCAGCUUAUCGUCAAGACGUACACAGUGCAGCAUAUAGAUGCGUCGCAAGUAAUUCUGUUGGCAGGGUACUUAGUCGUGACGUCCAAGUUAGAGCAGUCGUCGCUCAGGCCUACAAAGUGGACGUGGAGGUAAUCGGAGGUGCAUCGAAAGGAUGCACGGCGAUACUAAGAUGCGUCGUUCCUAGUUUCGUCAAAGAUUUAGUGCGUGUUGUAUCCUGGAUUCAGGAACCAUCUUCUUACAUUUAUCCUUCGUUACAAGGAGAUGGAAAAUUUCAUUUAUUACCAACCGGCGAACUUCUCGUUCACAGUCUCGAAUUUAGCGAUCAAUUACACGGAUAUAAAUGUCGAACGAUGCAUCGAUUGACCAGACUAGUGGUUGUUAGUUCGGCUGCUAAUAUUAGAAUAGCUGAUCACAGGGGAAUAAUGCCACCGGUUAUGCUCGAAAAUUCCGGUGUUGUUCACGUCGCUCAAGACGAAUCAACGUCACUGGUCUGCGUCGCACAAGCUUGUCCUCCACCCGAAUAUCGGUGGUACGCACAGACAGGUGCGGAACCAAUGUUAGUCUUGUCUGGACCGAGAACUCGUUUACUCGGUUCUAUGCUGGCCAUAGAAGCCGUAACGCUGGAAGAUAGUGGUAUUUAUAGGUGCUCUGCAUCAAAUCCCGGCGGUGAAGCUAGCGCCGAAAUCAGACUCAUAGUGACGGCACCACUUCACGUUGAAGUAACGCCACCCUUACUGAGCGUUCAUUUGGGUGGUAACGCCGAAUUCAAGUGUGAGGUUGGUAUACAUCCUCAAGCUGGACCACACUUUAUCACCUGGUACAAGGACGGUAGGCAGCUUCCGGGCACUGGAAGACAAUCAGAAUUAUUGAGGCUAAAUGGUAUAGGUAGAGAUGACAGGGGAAUGUAUCAGUGCAUCGUCAGAAGGUCAGAGGGUGAUACAGCCCAGGCCUCCGCGGAAUUGCAAUUGGGAGACGCACCACCGGUCCUUCUCUAUUCGUUCAUCGAGCAGACUCUUCAACCAGGGCCAGCCGUGUCAUUAAAAUGUUCCGCUGCUGGAAAUCCAACGCCGCAGGUCACGUGGGCUUUAGAUGGUUUCCCCUUACCGACUAAUGGAAGGUUCGUCAUUGGACAAUAUGUGACGGUACACGGUGAUGUAAUAUCGCACGUUAAUGUUAGUCACGUAAUGGUCGAAGACGGUGGAGAAUAUUCCUGUACAGCCGAAAAUCGUGCCGGAAAAGUUACGCAUGCUGCACGUCUUAACGUUUACGGUUUACCUUACAUUCGACUAAUUCCAAAAGUAACCGCAGUUGAUGGUGAGCAGCUUCGUUUGAAGUGUCCAGUAGCAGGGUAUCCGAUAGAAGAAAUCAAAUGGGAACGAGCAAAUCGCGAAUUACCAGAUCAUCUUCGACAGAAGGUACAUUCAGACGGUACCUUGGUGAUAACCAACGUACAAAAGAAGACCGACGCUGGAGUAUACACCUGCUGGGCACGUAACAAGCAAGGACACAGCGCGAGAAGAUCCGGAGACGUCGCAGUAAUCGUACCCCCUAUUAUUGAGCCAUUUACGUUCCAAGAGGGCCUUUCCGAGGGGAUGCGGACGCGGACGGUGUGCGGGGUCGCGGCGGGKGAUCCACCCCUAACCAUAUCCUGGCUGAAAGACGGCCAAAGUCCUUUUUCCUUGCUGCCGAAUCUGGCCUCCGUUGCAAACAUCUCCCAACUGGAUUCCUACUCUAGCCUACUCAGUAUAACGAACCUCGCGGCCGAGCACUCCGGCGACUAUACCUGCGUCGCCGCGAACCCCGCCGCCGAGGUCAGGUACACGGCCAAGCUACAGGUAAAAGUUCCUCCACGAUGGAUCGUUGAACCAACAGACAGUAUAAGUGUCGAAAGGAACAAGCACGUUGCUUUGCAUUGUCAAGCACAAGGUGUACCGACUCCUGUUAUCGUUUGGAAAAAAGCUACAGGAAGCAAAUCUGGUGAAUACGAGGAGUUUCGAGAACGAGCGUACACUAAAAUUCUAAGCAACGGAACCCUCCUCUUACAACACGUGAAAGAGGACAGGGAAGGGUUUUAUCUUUGUCAAGCGAGUAAUGGUAUAGGAUCUGGCAUAGGCAAAGUGGUACAAUUAAAAGUUAAUUCAUCGCCAUAUUUCGCUGCACCUUCGCGAUUGGUCACGAUUAAGAAAGGAGACACUGCUACGUUACAUUGCGAGGUACACGGUGACAAGCCAGUAACCGUAAAAUGGUUAAAAGGUGGAAAAAGUGAAUUGAAUCCUUCGACGAAUUAUCGGGUCACCGUAAAUCAGGAAGCAACGCCCGACGGUGUUAUCGCCCAAAUGCAAAUUUCCUCGGCGGAAGCAUCCGACAGUGGAGCAUAUUUCUGUCAAGCUAGCAAUCUUUAUGGCCGCGAUCAACAACUCGUACAACUCCUCGUACAAGAACCGCCACAGCCACCGAACACUUUAGAAACAGCUAUGAUCGCUAGUCGAAGUAUUAACGUAAAAUGGCAACACAAAUCUCAAGAUACCAGCGAAGUUACCAAAUAUAUACUUCAGUAUAAGGAAGGCGAAGGUGGUAUGUGGCAACAACAAGAAUUUGUCGGACCGCCUUUACCCUAUGCCGCGUUAAUCGAUGAUCUUAAACCUGCUACAAGAUAUACGAUACGAGUAAUCGCUGAAGGACCAGCAGGUCGUUCGGCUCCUUCAGCAGAACUCUUGGUAAGAACCGAACCUCAAAGACCAGCAGGACCCCCUGUUAAUCUUGCUGCAAGAGCACUUUCUUCAUCGGAAAUUUUGAUUACUUGGUCACCACCGUUGCCCGAACUUCGUCACGGAGACAUACAAGGCUUUAACGUCGGCUAUAGAGAGACUAGCUCAGGAAAUCCAUCGUACAACUUCACUUCUGUAUCCGGAGAUGGCGAAGAAGGGGGUGGUGAACUUCGUUUGACGGGUCUUCGACCUUACACGAGAUAUUCCUUGGUCGUUCAGGCAUACAAUCAAGUCGGAUCUGGACCUUUAUCCGAGCCAUUACUAACGCAGACAUUAGAGGAUGUUCCCAGUAAACCACCGGAAGAUGUAAGAUGUGCAGCGCUUACUUCGCAAUCUCUGCAAGUAUCUUGGCAGCCACCCUCUAAUACACAUAGUAACGGCAUUAUUCAAGGUUAUAAAUUAAAUUACGAGCCGAUUUUAUCAGACACGUGGCGUGGCGUUAACGAGAUGGAAGUACGUAAAACUAGCGCUUUAACGAUAGUUCUAACAGAUCUUAGAAAAUACACGAAUUACACGAUACAAGUACUGGCCUAUACGAGAGUAGGGGAUGGAAUUCCUACAACUGUUACUUACUGUCAAACCGAAGAAGAUGUACCUGGAAGUCCAGCGGAUAUUAAAGUGGUCGUGAGUUCGCCCCAGGCUCUCUUUAUUUCCUGGUUACCACCAUUGGAGCCCAAUGGAAUUAUCACGAAAUACAAUCUCUAUACUAGAGUUGUCGACGGUCAGGGUGAAUUAAAUCACGGCAAGAGAAACUUACCAGCUACGAAUACUCAUUUCGAAGCUACAGGUUUGCAACAACACGUAGAAUAUCAAUUUUGGGUAACAGGUAUUACUCGAGUUGGCGAAGGCCAAAGUUCGAAAGUAGCUGCUCAAGUACCAACUAAUAGAGUACCAGCAAGGAUCACGUCCUUUGGUGGUCACGUCGUAAAACCAUGGAGAGGCUCAGCUACCUUAUCUUGCAAUGCGGUUGGUAAUCCUACUAGAGAAUGGUUCAAAGGACCCCUCGAACAAGUUAGAAUUGAUACUGCUAGAAAUGCACAAAUUUUACCAACCGGCGAACUCGUCCUGUCAAAUUUACAAUCACAAGAUUCUGGAAAUUAUACCUGCCAAGUAAAAAACACUGAAGGAAGCGAUAAAUUACAUUACACUCUCACCGUACAAGUUCCACCUAGUGCACCUGUAUUGUACGUAACAAGUUCAACGUCAAGUAGUAUACUACUACAUUGGAAAUCUGGUUAUUACGGAGGGGCUCCUUUAACCGGUUACACGUUACAUUAUCGUACAACUCAUGGCAAUUUAGAUGAGUUGCAUCUCUCUAAACAUGCUACUAAUCACGAACUAAAGGGCCUUCUAUGUGGGAAUACUUAUCAAUUGUAUCUAACAUCGCAUAAUAAAAUUGGUAGCAGUCCUUCGUCACCGGUACUUUCCGUACGAACUCAAGGACAAGCACCAGGAAUACCACCAUCCGCAGCUUUUCUUAGUCCUAACUCGACAACGUUGGUUCUAAGAUUACAUGUUUGGCCUGACAAUGGGUGUCCUAUUCUUUACUUCGUUAUUCAAUAUAGACCUGCGACCGAAUUUCAUUGGACUUUAGUCUCUAACAGCGUUAAAAUGCAACGAAGGUUCACCGUGACAAAUCUAACACCAAGUACGGUAUAUCAAUUGAAGGUCGAAGCUCACAACGUUGCUGGAAGCAAUCAGGCGGAAUUCAGUUUCGUGACUUUGACAAAGGAAGGUGAACCACCACCUCCAGAAUUAUCGAAACGUGGAAUAUCAUCUGUUAUUCCAUUCUACGCGGAUGUGAAAGUUAUAUUGCCUCUGAUAUUCGCUACAAUUGCUCUAGUCACGGCGGCCGUAAUAGUCGCAUUCCGUUGGCGAAACAGAUAUUUGGGAGACCGAGUUCAAAGACCGAUGAAGGAAUCUCAAGAAAAUCAACAAAACGCUGAAACACAACGAGAACGUUAUUACGCUACUAUUCACAAGGUCGCCCUGCAACAGGCAGCGAGUACGGGUGCAGGUCCCGACAAGAUUCCAGGUGAACCUUUGUUACGAUACGGACGACAGCCAGAGACAGCGGAGGACAUCUCGCCGUACGCUACGUUCCAGCUUUCGGAGGGUGGAGGGGGAAGCCUGGCAGGGCUGGGAGGAUUGGGAGGACUAGGAGGCGCGGCGGAAGCAUCAGCGGCAGGUCUACAUCCGAACAACACUCUUCUUCACAGUUUCAUGUAUCACGAGCACGCUAUGACCGAGGGCUGCGCGAGUCCUCCGCCAGCGGCAACGAGUAUGAAGAGUGUCUCGUCGAGGAGACGACAACAGAGAAAGCAACAGACCCCGGGCGACGUCGAGAGCGACGAGAGCGAGUCUGACCCGGAUCAGCUGACGAGUUCUCGCACAGAGUCUUCCAAUCAACUCGACGCUGGCAAACUCAAACACAUUCGAGCCGUUUCAGACUUCAUUUAUCACGGUACAUCGAGCACUUCAUCGGACAUCUCACCGAUGUCGGAACAGAAGUCGUUGCCACGAAGAGGACGAUCUAGAUGGCAUGUUCCCAGCAGGAGUUCACUGCGUACGUUGCUUCCUCCAAUAUCGGUUGCGGAGACUGCUUUUGUAGCAGGAAAUCAAGGCAACAUCGUACCGCCACACGGAAAUGGUGAUCGUCCUGAGCUGAGCGAGGCCGAAUGUGACAUCGAUUCUUUAAAAAAGCUCAAACUAGGCCUGAGGAGUUCCCUUUGGUCAAGACCGAGCACUCAAAAUAAUCCUUCCUCCGAUUACUCUAUCGCCGUCUAACUUUCUGCGCGUUACCACGAUCGACCGAAUAAUCCAAAUUCUCUUCCAGAAGACCCUUUCAUCCCUUUUCGUGGUCCAAGUUAUAAAUAAAUAAAGAAUACAAUUUAAUCUUCUUUCCGUGUCUCGUCAAAAAGCUAUGAUACUUUUUAAAUAAACAACAUCGAAUAAAAUACAGAGAGAGAGAGAGAGAGAAAGAAAGAGAAAAAAAGAAAGAGAAAGAAAAAGAAAAAGAAAAUAUAGCAAAACUUAACGUAAUGACGACCGAUUUAAAAAGACUUUAAAUGACACGGUGACGAGAAACGCUAUACAUUAAGCAUGUGCAUGUUAAAAAAAAAUGGGCGUGCGUUGACACGAUCUAUAGAAAUUUCUAAUCAUAUAUACGCGUGAGUGCCAAAGAAUAUAAAAGUAAGGAAAGAAAUGAAAUAAUAUACUCGUAUAAUUUGAAAAUCAUCUAAUGCGAUGAAGGGAUGCAAGGUGACACCGAAAAAAGAUAUUGGUCUUCUUCGUCCUUCACGUACCUUCGUAAUAUAUACUAUAUAUAUAUAUAGUUCUUAUGAUCACUUUAUUCGAGAGAGAAUAAUCGAAAGCACAUAUCGAUCGGUUAUCAAAGGAUGAUAGCCAUAUAUCGGCAAAAUUUUCAACUCUUUUUACGCAAAAUGUAACGUAUCGGAAUCAUUGGGAUACGUUUAACGAGACUGAUUUUUAUCUCUAGUUAAUACAAAUUUUCUGAAUAAUUUAUUCAACACGUUUCCGAUAAGCGACAUCUUUUUGUACGGUGUCACAUUUCUUCCUAGCAUCGCAACGAAGCACUUAAACGGACAGUGCAAAGAGCCAAAUAGAAGAGAAUAUAACAUGUAGGUCGAGGGAUUGAUAAAGAUAAAGAAAAAAAAAAAAAAA